CAAAGACAGGAUCAAGCUCCAUCAUGGUGCACAGAGUCGCAGUGAUCGGGGCAGGCCCUUCUGGCCUGGCCAGCAUCAAGGCUUGUCUGGAUGAAGGCUUGGUGCCAACCUGCUUUGAAAGCAGCGAUGACAUGGGUGGACUGUGGAAGUUCAAGGAGGUGUCAGAACCCAACAGGGCUAGUAUCUACCGUUCACUCACUAUCAACAUCUCAAAAGAGAUGAUGUGUUACAGUGACUUCCCCAUCCCUGCUGACUACCCCAACUACAUGCACCACUCUAAGAUCCUCAAGUACUUCAAGAUGUAUGCAGAGCACUUUAAACUGCUGCAACAUGUUCGCUUCCAGACCUCAGUGAAGAGUGUCACACAGAGACCGGACUUCACUCGCACCGGUCAGUGGGAAGUGGUGACCGAGAAUAAAGAUGGACAAGAGGAGAGGCACGUCUUUGAUGCCGUCAUCUGUUGUUCUGGUCAUUACACCUACCCUAACAUGCCCCUCAAAGACUUCCCAGGAAUUGAGACAUUUGAGGGAAAAUACUUCCACAGCUGGGACUACAAGGGUUCAGAGGACAUGCUUGGGAAGAGAGUGGUGGUCAUCGGCAUCGGGAACUCAGGAGGAGACAUCGCUGUUGAGAGCAGCCGAGUAGCGGAGCAGGUGUACAUGAGUAGCCGUCGUGGUGCCUGGAUCAUCCGUCAGGUUUCUGACAACGGCCUGCCCGUGGACAUGAAGUACAACACACGCUUCGUUCACAUCCUCUUCCAGCUUCUGCCGAUCAACGUCCUCAACUGGAUCGGUGAGAAAAAACUGAACGCCAUGUACGACCACACCACAUAUGCAAUAAAACCCAAACAUCGGCUCUUCAGUCAGAUCCCAGUGAUCAAUGAUGACUUACCAUUCAAGAUCCUGUCUGGGUCUGUCAUUAUGAAACCAAAUGUAAAGGAGAUUCGUGGUUCCACCGUGAUUUUCACUGAUGGUAGCGUUGUGGAAAAGGUUGAUGUAAUUGUGUUCGCUACAGGCUACAACUACGAUUUCCCUUUCCUGCCCAACAGUGCUAUGUACAAGUCUGGCCACCGAGUGGGUCUGUACAAGCAUGUUUUUCCACCUAACCUGGAGCAUCCCACUCUGGCUGUCGUGGGUUUCAUCCAUGCUCUUGGAGCAAUCAUGCCUCAGGCUGAAAUGCAGGCCCGUUGGGUUACCCGUGUCUUCAAGGGAUAUAAUAAGCUGCCCUCAAACCAGGCCAUGAUAAAGGCUGUGGAAAAUGACACCAAGGAAAUGGACAAAAAUUUCAUCGUGUCAAAGCUGACACCACUGCAGGUGGACUUCGUUUCCUACAUGGACGACAUCGCUGGGGAGAUUGGAGCACGGCCGAGUCUUCUCUGGCUGUUCUUCACAGACUAUUCACUGUUUAAAAAGGUUCUGUGGGGGCCGGUCACAUCCUACCAGUACCGCUUGAUGGGACCUGGGAAAUGGAAUGGGGCACGCAGAGCAAUCUUCACACAGUUUGACCGAAUGUUCCAGGCACUGAAAACCAGAAAGGUUGAUGAACCAGAGCCAUCUUAUGUCGGCCGCCUGAUGAAGCUGACCCUGACUGUCAUGGCUGGAGGAGCUGCUGUUUACUACGUCCAUGUGCGCCAUCCAACAGUCAUCCCUGACCUGCUGGCCCGAGUCCGACCACAAACUGCCUGAACAUGCUCCACUUGUCAAAACACAUGAAUUCCAUACGCCCAGUUUCUAUAUCCCUUCAGAAGUCUAAUUCAGUCUUGUCCUGUUUGGGUUUUAAUUUGGGAAGACAUUACAAGAGUCAUUGUAUAAAGUGUAUAUUUAUUAUAUUCAGUGGUGAUGUCAAACUUAUUGGUAUUAAAUAUUAUCUGUUUGCUGUCUGUAUGUAACACCAACAACACUGUAACACCAACAACACUAUGUAUUCAUUAUCCAUCCUUCUGUAUCAGACAUAGUCAUGUUAAUUUUAUCUUCAAGUUACCAUGAUGGAGAGCUCUUCCUGUGUAUGCGCCAAAAAACAGACAUUAAACAACUUUUACCACUCU